AUGGACGCUUUUUUGGUAGACGUAGCCACCCUGCAGAAAUACACCACGAAACACGAACUGCAUGUCAACGACGACGACGGCCACCCUGUCGUCGCCAUCGCGUACAUCAUCAAUCCACCUAUGGUACUCGACCAAUUCCGCACCAAAUGGAGGGUAGCGCUGUAUGACCUGCAAAGCAUCUUCCAGCAAGCCGGCGACGUGAUGAUUGCGCAGUACCCCCAGCCGAAGUUCCAAGAGCGGUGGUUACUAGACCUUCCCACAGAGCUACUCCACUACAUCAUGGAGUUCGCUCGCAUAGAGGAUGCUCGCCGGCUUGGAUCAGUCUGUCGCACACUCCGUGCCAUAUCCUUUUCCCACAUAUAUCAGAGGCGCAACCUCGCGCUAUGGAUCGAACCGACGUACGUUGAUGAAAGUGGAAUGCGAAUCACCGGCGACAGACGCGACGGAUACAUCAAGGAGUAUCUCCACAAGGUGCGGAAGCGGUUCCUCGCGGAAGUCGCAUUUCUUCUGGAACACCGCGAGAUCUUAGGGCGUAUCCGGCGCCUGGAGCUUUCGCCCGCAACUUCCAACCCGAACGCCAACUACUACUUCGACAGAGCCGGGCUAUAUCACCAUCUAAUCGACCAUAAAGAGUAUUUCGCACCGAUCCUGCGCGGUGUGGAUGACAUCCUUGCAGGUGCGCCACAGGUCAAAAGUCUGCGACUGAGUGACAUGGAAAUUACGCCUUCGAUGGUUGCAUCGAUGGCAGCCAUGUCCUCGCUGCACACGCUUGAGCUUAUCUCCUGCGAAUAUAUACAUCCAGCAUCGGAGGAUGAGGACGGUGGCACAUCGGCGCACCUGGUGCUCAGCUCCGUCCACAAUGCGUCGUUCUUCGUCGGCGAGCGGAUCAACGCCACGCUGCAUGCGCUUGCGCUCCUGCCGAACGUGCGCAUGCUCGCGCUCGUCGGCGACGCAGAGGAGUUCCACGUCGGACUACCCAAUGCCGCGUUCCGCACCGCGCACAACCCGUUCCGGACUGCGGAGCGCGUCGUCCUGCAGUUCCCCGCGUAUGGCGACUUCCCGAAGCUGCGCAAGUGGCUGCUCGCAGCCGCAGAAGAGCCUGGGGGGCUGCGCCUCACACACCUGAAGCUGCAGAUGUACGACAGCCUCGAAAUCGAGGAAGCGCUCCUGCUGAUCGGUGCGCUGCGUGGGGCGCCACUGAGUACCCUCGUAUUGGACGGGAUGGAGGAUGUGUCCGAGGAGCUCUUCGACGCUAUCGCGGACUCCUUUCCGCGUCUAGAGGCGCUCACGCUCACGUACAUGCACAACCGGCAGCGCAGGGCGUGCACGCCGAGCGUGUGGCCCGAGCCGACAUGGGCGUACGCUCGCCGCCUUGCACGUUUUCCCGCGCUGCGCCACUUUGCGUGGAACUUCUGUAUCACGCCGCUCGCAGUGAGAGCGCCGUGGGACUUGCUACGCGCCGAGGCUGGGUAUCCGGAUCCAGACUCAAACUCUGACGCCGACCCCAAUACUGCGGACGCGCCGGACGAGGACUACGUCUUUACUGAUUGGAGAUGUCUGGCGCGCCUGUUCAUGGCACACUGCCCGACGCUGCGCUCGCUGGAGUUUUUGUCGCACCGGGAGGCAAAGCUCGCGUUCACGAUUGGGCCCCAGAGAGACGCGGACGGGAGGAUUGUGGUGGAGGCACACGAGCCGUUCUGCCACAUAUCGACGCGUCAGGACGAGAUCAAUCCUGAGUUGGACGUGGAUCUCGGGACGAAUGCUUGGGCGGUAGGGCCGGCGGCAUGA